AUGAUGUUCAAUAAUUUUUGUCUUCUUCUGUUUCUUCUUCAUCAUUAUAUUUAUAUGAAUGUACUUGUAGUAACGGUACAGGCAUCCGUACAAAACAAAUAUAUUGAAAGCAUGAUAAAAAGUUUUGAAGAUGCUGAAAGGAAAAUAGAGGAUUUCACAGAUCAACUGAAGGAAACCGGAGAUGAAUACGAACAGGUCGAUGAAUAUAUAAAGUGUUCAAAUGAACGUUUAGAAGUUCAAAAUCGAUUGAAACUGCUGACAGAAAUAUACCUUAAUAAAUCGAAGAUAUUGAAAGACUGUUUUAACAGUGAAUUGUUGGACAUUGAAAAUGAAGUUAUAAAUUUUGGAGAUAUUGGGUAUUUAAAUAGCCUGAUUGAUUCAAGGAUCAUUAAUAUUUACGGGUUAAAUCGUAUGUCAUUUGAGAACAAGUAUCUAUCAGAAAUUGCUAAGGAACUUUCACAUCAAUCCAAAACGCUUGGGACUGGAACACAGAACCAAAGUAAUCUGUUGGAAGAAUCAACAACAACACUCAUUUCAUCAACUAUGAACGAAAAAACACUAUCACAAAAGGUAAAACCUUCAAACAAAGUUAACAAAAGAAAUAUUUUAAUUAAAAAACAACAUAAUGAAGUGAAUGCAGUACAGCAUGAAACAAUAUUAAAUAAUACACAUUCUUCAAUAACUGAAAAUUCAUCAACUGAAGUUAACAGAAAAAAUGUUCUAAUUAAAAAACAACUUAAUGAAGUGAAUAUAUUGCAGAAUGAAAGAAUAAAAAAUUAUACACAUUAUUCAAUAACUGAAAAUUCAUCAUUUGAUGGAAAAUUCUAUCUGAUAUAUUUGGUUAUUAUUAUACUAUCAGCAAUAUUUAUUACUGGAGCUGUCUAUAUAUUGUGUACACAUUCAAUGUUUGUUCAUUUCAAUUUGAAAUAA